AUGAACCCGCCGGCGCCCCGCCAGGCGGCCGCUCGCUCCGGCUAUCAUCAGAAGGCACUAGCUCAGAUCCGUAACUCACUACUCCCAUUUGCUAAUAAUGGGAAUUCAGAGCCACCUGGCUCGUCAGCUGCGAGCACGGUCAGCUCUGGAGUCAGUUCUGGCUUCAGCUCUUCAUCAGGAAAUGGCCUUGAUAAGGAUUUGACUGUAUUACCGCAGUCCUUAAAUCAACUGAUUGCUUUGGGAUAUGAUGAGGACCCAGCUGUAAAAGCCCUAAAAUACGCUGGCGGGCGGUUUGAUGUGGCCCUCGAUUACCUGUCGAAGCAACAAGAAACUCUCAAUGGGGUUCUAAAACAGAACAACUUAAAUUCAUUGAGCUCCAAGUUAAUAAGGAAACCUAGUCUAGAGCGCGAGAUAAACCUCCACAGAGGGAGUCCCGCACUCGACUCGGGAGCGGGGAGCUCGCGGUCCGAUAGCCCUCGGCCUUCGGAUGCACCUCCCCUGCCCCACGAGAAACUAAGUAGACAGUACUCACCGUCGGGGUUCUCAGAACCACCACCGCCACCGCCUCCACGAUGUCCGUCCACGCCGCCGGUCAUGCCGUCCGUGCAGCAGCUCAUGAAGCGGAUGUCACCAGCGCCACCAUUACCGCCAGCUCGUGGCACAUCUCCGGUUGCCGCUGCUCCCACACCACCCGCACGAACGCCCAUGGUCGUACAAAACGGUCCGCAAGUCCAACAACAGCUUACGCAGCAAUUUCAGGCGCUCAGCAUUUACCAAACUGGUGCAGGCGGCGCCGAACUUCCCCCUCCUUAUCCCAUAUCGGGAGUACCACCCCCACCGUCUUACUCGUCUUCAAUGCAGAACCGCCAGAGUCCGACGCAAUCGCAGGACUACCGGAAGAGUCCGUCGUCUGGGAUCUAUUCGGGUGGCACAUCUGCUGGCUCACCAAGUCCCAUCACGGUGACGCAAUCGACCGGCUCCGCCUCGGGUAUGACUCGCCCCACACCGAUACAGGCGUGGACCGCGAGACAAGCAGUACAACCACCGAUUAUUAUGCAGUCGGUCAAGAGUACGCAAGUACAAAAGCCAGUGCUCCAAACGGCUAUUGCGCCUGUGGCUCCAUCUCCGGUGGCAAGUUCGGGCACGCAGCCUCCCCCUCCAUCGUACGCGAGCUCCAUCCAGCAGAAGCAACAAGUGCAGACGCCGCCGAGCUACCCGCUUGCACCGAAACCCCCGUGUCCCACGCCUCAAGGUAUACCGACGGCUACGACUCCCACCGUCCCCACUACAGAACCGCCAAGUUAUGCCAUCACGAUGCAGGCUCUAGCGGUUCAGCGAGGAAUGCAUCCUGUUCCACCCCCGCCGUACGGCAAUCAAGCCGACAACACGACUACGGUCAAUUCCCACCACUCUCCUUUACAUAAGAAGUUUUCGAAUAAUGGCGAAUCAUCUCAGGUAGAAAUUAAGUGCCCUAAUCAAAAUUGCACAAAUAAUCUUCUGAAGGAUAGUGUAGCUACGUCGAGUUCGGAUAAAAGUUCGAAUGGGUCGUCGGAACGACGGCCGAAAGGAAUGGAAAAGAUUAGGCAUCAAUCUCCCAUACCAGAGCGAAAGAAUAUCAGCAAGGAGAAAGAAGACGAACGACGGGACUGUAAAGUUAGAAAUUAUUCACCUCAAGCAUUUAAAUUCUUUAUGGAACAACAUGUGGAAAAUAUUUUAAAAUCCUAUAAACAGCGAACUUUUAGACGGAUGCAGUUGGAGAAAGAAAUGACUAAAAUAGGUCUUAGUGCGGAAGCGCAAUGUCAAAUGAGGAAGAUGUUAUCUCAGAAAGAAUCCAACUACAUUAGACUAAAGAGAGCGAAAAUGGAUAAGUCAAUGUUUACAAAAAUAAAACCGAUCGGAGUGGGUGCAUUCGGAGAAGUGACGUUAGUGAAGAAAAUUGAUACUAGUCAUCUAUAUGCCAUGAAGACACUACGGAAAGCGGAUGUGCUCAAGCGGAACCAGGUAGCGCACGUAAAAGCCGAAAGAGAUAUCCUGGCGGAGGCCGACAACGAGUGGGUAGUUAAACUGUAUUACAGCUUUCAAGACAAGGAUAACUUAUAUUUUGUUAUGGAUUAUAUACCUGGUGGUGAUCUGAUGUCGUUGUUAAUAAAGUUGGGUAUAUUCGAGGAGAGUCUGGCGAGAUUCUACAUAGCGGAGCUAACGUGCGCCGUGGAGAGCGUCCAUAAGAUGGGGUUCAUCCACAGGGACAUAAAGCCCGACAAUAUUCUCAUAGAUCGGGAUGGUCACAUCAAGUUGACUGACUUUGGUUUAUGUACUGGGUUCAGGUGGACUCAUAACUCGAAAUACUAUCAAAGAAAUGAUCACGGACGGCAAGACUCUAUGGAUCCAGUGGACGGUGAAUGGGGUGCAAUGGGCGAAUGCCGCUGUCACCAGCUGAAACCGUUGGAGAGGCGACGGAAGCGAGAGCACCAGCGCUGUCUCGCUCACUCACUAGUCGGCACACCGAACUACAUCGCACCCGAGGUGCUCACCCGCACGGGGUACACGCAGUUGUGUGAUUGGUGGUCCGUUGGUGUGAUACUCUAUGAAAUGUUGGUGGGUUCUCCACCUUUUUUAGCGGCCACGCCUGCAGAAACACAACUCAAGGUGAUAAAUUGGGAGAAUUCACUUCAUGUUCCGGAUGCUGCAAACCUGUCACCAGAGAGCAAGGAUUUAAUCCUACAGCUCUGCUCGGGGCAGGAAACGAGACUUGGCAAGGAUGCCAACGAGGUGAAAAACCAUCCCUUCCUAAAGAGCAUCGAUUUUGACAAGGGACUGAGAAGACAGGUUGCACCCUUCAUACCACGGAUCGAGUACCCGACGGACACGUCCAACUUCGACCCGGUCGAUCCCGACAAGCUGCGCAACUCUGGCAGUUCCGACUCCAACAAGUCGGAUAGUGAACUACUCGAUAACGGUAAGUUCCACGGCUUCUUCGAGUUCACAUUCAGAAGAUUCUUCGACGAUGGUUACAUGAACAAAAUAAAUACGAAAAUAGACGACAACGAUAAUCAGGGUCCUGUGUACGUAUAA